CGUCAAAUCAGCGUGACGAGACUAAUCUCACAAAAGCAGUCGUGCUGAGAUGGGGAAAUAUAAGACUCGUGUCUAUCGACUCAGUCAAAAGACAGUUCAAAGAAUAACGGUUAUUCUGGUCUAGAAAAGACGCCUUUUUCAGAUGAAAUGAUGGACACAGAUCUCAUGCUAGGAGCCGAAGGUAAAUAAAAUUCCGGUGGUAAUUACGAUAAUAUUAAGCGUAAGAUCAACGGAACAUCAAACACGUACAACUUGCAUUGCUUAAAUUGACGAAACUAAUUUAGUAUUCUUGGAUAAAACUAAUUGGAUGUCAUAUACGCUGAGAUCAUGACUUAAUUACAUUGCCCAAAAAGCCCCUAAAACUAUCUUUUCCAUUAAGUUUCAUGCAGGUAACUUGAACAUAUGCCCCAACGUGCAUUAGAUUUGCAAAACAUCCAGAAUCGAUAAGUGAACGUUCGCGAACGAGAGAUUAUUCGUGAUGUUUCUCAGUUGGUUCUUGAGAUUCCUGAGUAGAGGACGUGAGGUCACGAACCAGCGAAUAAUUACGAAUUCAUUCCUGUUUUGUACGUAAGAUAUUCUGGAAAUGAUCAGCUAAGACUCCGCGUCAAUUUGAAAACGUCUUCAUGCCGUGACUCGUUGUUUUGUUUUUUUCUUUUCAACAUUUCUUACAAUUAACUAACUUGUUUAAGGCGAUCUGAUCAUUUGGUUAAAGAUCUGAUCAUUUUAGGUGAAUAAAAGGAAUUUUGAGUUGACUUUUACAACUUGUGCGCAAAUUUAAUUUUGUGAUCAAUGGUUCGAUAGGGAUAUUGUAAUGGCUUGAAAUAGAGAAGUUUACUUUGCCUUGCGCGCGGAAAGAUCUCAAGCGUGACGUCAUGUAAAUUUCGAAAUUGGUCACAUGUUGCAUCUCGAAAGAAAGUCUUUGUCAUUCUCUUUCGGUGAGUCAGCCGGCGAAUUGGUAAUUUGGAAGGUAUUGCGGGUAAGUUGCUCCAACUAGACGUUGCGAACCGGUCAGCAGAACCUUUUUUUAAUUCAAUCUAAGUGUAAACAAAGGAAGGGCUAAACGGGAAAAAUGCUUACUGUUCAGCACGUGACGUAACCUAGACUUAAAUAUGGCGGCCGUUUUCGCGGUACUGCCCCUUUAGGAAGCUGCAAUGUCACGUUCUUGCCAUAAUCCCUUAUCAUAUAACUGCAAAUAUUUUGAUCGCCAGCAUUAUAAUAUUUUUCCACCAUUGGUUUCGUAGUGUCGAGUCUCAAGCGGGCGAGGACGCCUUCGCCUGAAGUCCCCAACAAGAUGGCUCCCGUAAAAGACUUGAUCGAACAGAACAUCAAAGACAACAAUGUAAUGGUGUUCUCCAAGUCGACUUGCCCAUUUUGUAAAAAGGUAAGCGUGUUUCUUUUUCUUUCCUUUUGAGAAACCGAAAGGAAAAUCACGAUCGAACUAAACACUUUUUUUUUUUUUUUUACCUUGGGACGUUGAUAAAUUUAGCUCUCGUCUUGAGUAUUCUUCCGUGUGAAAAAUCACUCCCCGCGCAUAUUCACUUUUGUAAAUAAAUAUACAGAACAAAAUCUACUUGCUUUCUGGCGAUAUAUGUGUUUUAAGCUAACAGCUCCACUUUCGUUGAUUAGAAGCUAGAUCUUUUCAUCGCAGAUCCCAGAGGAGAAAGUUGCGUAAUACACUUGCGUAUCUGUAAAAAAAUAUUCAACUAAGAUUCGUUCAAGACAACGAUUUUAAGGUCUAAUAAUCAUCAACAUAACAAGCUUGACGCCUGUUUAAAUUAAUGCUUUCCUGAAUAUUCAGGAAUUAACGGGAUCUGACCGUUGAAAUCUCUUCGGCUUUUACGGAUCACAAGAACUGUACUCCUAUUCUCUUAGGAGAUCGGUACUCGUUAUUGCCGAGCAUAAACAAUGCUUAAAUGCGGUCAUCUAGAUUUCGAUCUCCUUUAUGAACUAAGUGAUCCUUUCGAUGACAGAAUCAAACCUUUAAUAAUGAAAAGAAAAAACGCUGCCGUACAUACUUGGAAUUUGAAUACGCAGUCACGGAACGAAAAGAAAAAGUUUUUGCCACAAGGCGCUAUUUAGUACAUUUAUUGGAAAAUUUAGUUUUGCGUGUUUCGUCUAAAAAGAAGGGUUAUUUACUUUGUAAAAAUGAAAAUCUGUGGCAUUGAAGAAGGGACUUAGGUGUGUUCAUUUCAUAAUGUUGCCUUCUCCCUAACCAAAACAAUUACGCUAUCAUCUUGUCUUCCCCAAAGUUUUCUUUUGAAAUAAUGUAUUAUUAAAAAUGAAUACGAUUGUUAAUGAGUCGCUGACAUCUUGUCAUGUACCAGAUCUGUGGACAUUAUUUGAAAAACUUUACUUUUCAGAGCGUAAACAGCGACAAAUAUUUGAUAAACUUUACUUUUCAGAGAGUAAACAGCGACAAAAAAGUAGCUAAUCAGUACACGAUGUUAUUAAUUAAUCAUCCAGAGUUAGGAAGUUUUUUGUAUGCAGAUUCAACGUCCUUUCAAUAUUCUUAAUGACUUCAUUUCGAUGGCUUUUCUUCUGCUAGGAUCAUUAAAUGAGUCACUGCCACAAAAACACAAGAAAAAAAUUCAUUAAUUAUCAUUUAGAUUAAUUAUGUGUUGCAAAGAAAGGCUGAAUCUUUGGUUUCUUAAUUAAAAAAAGGGUAUAUUUGAAAACAGCUGUCAAAUACUAAAAUAUGAAAUUCUGAAAUUUGCUGCACAUUUAGGGGCCAUGUAUGAUCAAAAACAAUAAAUAAAAGCAAAUAUUUUAGGGAUGUUUAUUUUUCUCAGGGCUAGAAAUAAAGGCUGGUCUAAGGACAAUGUCUGUUGAAAUAUAGCUUUUUGUCUGGUCAACUUCUUGGAUGGCUGAACAAAUUGUCUGUUUGUUUACGAAUGUUAAGAAGCUAAGUUCAGGUUUUAAAUACAGCUAUAUUACUUUUCAUGUAUUCAGUUUGAUGCUGCAUGUACAAUAAAAGCAUUGUGAAAAUAUUCUAACCUUCUUUUAAAAGGAGGAUGAGAGGUUAUUGAUAUAUGACAUAAUGCUUAUUUUUUUCUGCUAAAAAUGGAUUGUAUCUCAGCAAAAAUAGGUUUGACUCAAUAUCUUGAUGAGCACAAGCCCAAAUAAUGUUUUUGAGCCUUGCUCAUAAUGUUAAACAAUACUUGAUCAAAUGAGGAACUUUUCAUAUUAUUUUCAUUUCAGCUAUUAAUCUGUUUACCACUCUCCUACAGGUGAAAGAGCUUUUCAAGUCAUUGAAUGUGACAUUUUAUGCUCUGGAGAUAGACUUACUAGGUAAUAUCAAUAACACUAGAAAGUUGAUUAAACAAGAAAAUUGGAUAAGUAUUUUUAUAACUUUUCUUCAUUGAUGUUCUCAAAGGCUCAGUAUUAUCCCUUAAACUUGUAAAAGUGACCAGCUUCUCCAUUCUCUGUACAUUUCCUCAGGUGCUGAAAAGGAGAACUUUGUUUAACCCUUUAACUCCUGUGAGUGAUCAAGACAGAAUUUCUCCUUACAAUAUCAAUACAAUAUCAAGCAGACAAGUGAUGAGAAUAAAGAAAAAUAUCAGUUAGAGGAUUAUAAGUUGAUCUAAUACCAAAUUCUCCAAACGAACAUCACAAGAAAUGUAUGGGAGACAGUAAGGAGAAUUGCUAAUGAGAUCACGGGAGUUAAAGGGUUGAUAACUAAGAGCUUUUUUUAGGUGGUGAUAAUUUUCCUUAGUCUUGUGACCUCUAAUCUGUGAUUUGGUGGUGAUGUCAUAAGGGGAAAUAAGAUGUUAUUCACUCCUAGUGGUCAAAUAAUUAACUGACCUCCUAUUGCACCAAGAGGCAUUAUGCUUCUAUGUAUGCAGGCAAAAGAUGUACGUUUGUGGUUACUUCCUAGAUGGUCCAGUUGUUUAAAGGGUGCUUAAUGCUAACCAACUGAAAAAAAUUGCUAUCCAGUGGAUAACUGUCAAGGAAACAACUGUGCUCUCCAUGGGAUGGAGAUUUAUCCAGUGGACAGCUUUAUUCACUCUUCAAACAACUAAGGGCAGACUGUUAGAAAAAUGAUUUUGUUUUUAACCUUUGUACUUCAUCAUUCUGAAUAGUUGCUAACUUUUUAAGUUGUCUUGUUUUUCUGUUUUUUUUUUCUUCAGACAAUGGAUCAACGAUACAGGACAAACUGAAAGAGAUGACAGAACAAAGAACAGUUCCAAAUGUGUUCAUUCGUGGGAAACACAUUGGAGGUGCAGAUGCUACGAUGAAGCUUCAUACAGAUGGAAAGCUAAUGGGGUUGAUAAUGCCUCCAUCAGAAAACUACACAUAUGAUCUAAUUGUUAUUGGUGGAGGUUCAGGUGGUCUUGCAUGUUCCAAGGUACUGUCUACAGGGUAUCAGCACUGUUAAGAGAUGUUCACCUUGACUCAUAAAUUGCACACUGAAGAUCUAAUUAUUAUGUAUAUUUAAGCAAUAGACUGCACCUUCUUUCAGUUUCUAUCAUUUUACAAAGUAGAGGCAAGAGAUUAACAAACUUUUCAAAUGUUAGCGAAAGAUGUUUUUUGUCUUGUCAUAUGCAUGUGGCAAAGAAAAAAUUCUGAGUCCCCAUGUGGAAAUGAUAGGUUUUUUAACCAAUAAGGGUGCUUGUAGUAUAUCUCUCAUUUUAUGAAUUAUAUUAGAGGCUCUGAGAGUUCAUAUUCACACAAGGCUAGUGACAUAGAUGGCAGUAACUAUCAUAAUGCGGUUAUGUUUGUGGAGUAAACAUACAGACUUAGUGACAAUGACAUGAACAUAUUAUUUCACGGCAGCCAUAACCACAUAAAGACAAAAAGAAGUUUCUUCUGUCAUUAUGUUUAUAAUGUUAAAAUGUGGACCCAAAUACAUGACAACAACAUAUCAACAUGGAGAUAAUGCAUGAAAUGACACACAGAAAGAACAGAUCUUUCUUUACACCAGUAUAUCACAAGUGUGAACCAGGCCUUAGGAAGAUCAUGAUGGAGUCUGGAUUGGAAAUCAUUUCCAGCUCUGAAAAAUCAUGCAGCAAAAUUCUUGAAUAGUCAAAUGCACACCUUUAGAUGGUGUGGUCCCAUUUUGUACAUCAUUUUUGGAGGGAAAGCUUGUGAAAACUCAAUCUUGUAAGACCAGAAGUAAUCAAUGGCUUUUCUUUUUUUUAUAUUUUAAAUAGGAAGCAGCAAUCAUUGGGAAAAAAGUUGCAGUUCUGGAUUUUGUCAAACCAUCACCAAUUGGCACUACUUGGGGUGAGUUUCCAUUUAUUCCUCCUACUCCUAAGAUCUAAAUAUCAAUUCUCCUCACUGUCUGCCAUAUAUUAGCUAAACUUUUUAUCCUUGGGAAUUUAUCAAUUAAUCAAAGAAUUUUCCUUUUUGAUUUUUUCCUUUCUUCUUUUCACCUGUCUGCUUGAAACUGUGUGAUAUUUGUAAGGGAAAAUUCUUUUUAGUGGCCUUAUUGAGUGAAACUGCUAACAUUUACAUGUUUGAUAUGAUUGUCAAUUCUCCCAUUUAAUUGUUACACAUUUCCUUGUGAAUUUGUGAGAAGAAUAGGGUGUUAGAUCAAGAUGUAAACUUCUACCUGAUAGGUUUCAAUAUUCCUAUUACUUGAUUGCUAGAUAAUGUAUGCAUACUUUAGGGAGAAGUUAGAUGUUAAUCACUUCUGGGAGUCAAAGCGUUAAGAUUGACCAAUUUCUAAUUUCUUAUUACUGUAUUACCACUGAGUCAUUCACCAAGAUCAUGAGAAUACAGGAAAUGAUCCCCAACCUAAGAUGCUUUGAUUGUUAAACAAAUUCUCCCUGUAAGUAUCAAAGGAAAUGUAUAGGGUUCAAAAAGUUAAUUAUGCAUUUUUUUCAUUCUCUAUACAUUUCCUUUGGUACUGAUAAGGAGUAUUUGUUCAGUGAUCGAACAGUUAACCCUUCAACCCCCCCCCCACACCCCUCCCUAAUAUCAGUUUCUUUAUUCUCUAUACCCUUCUCUAUUCAUUUCCUUUGGUACUGACAAGGAGAAUUUGUUUAGCAAUCAAAGCAGUUAACCCUUCCCACACCCACACCCCCCCACAUUUCCUUUGUUACUGACAAGGAGUAUUUGUUUAGCGAUCAAAGCUUGUUUGGCUGGCAAUCAUUUCCUUCAAUAUCAUGGUCUUGAUGAAUGAUUAAGCAGUAUUACUCAAAGGGGAAAAUAGAUGAUGGUCACUCGUAGGAUGUAAAAUUAAUUGUUAAAGAACAAUUCAGUUUUUGUUUAAUAGAUUUGAUGUAAUUUUUGUAGGUCUUGGAGGCACCUGUGUGAAUGUUGGUUGUAUCCCAAAAAAACUCAUGCAUCAGGCUGCUAUUUUAGGUGUGUUUUUUUCUCAGAUGAUUUGUGUGAUUGCUAAAGGCAAUGUAUUGGAACAAGUUUUUAGAUUGAAAAUGCACCACAGGUGGGUGCAUUUGAGGACCAAAGGUGCAGAAUAGACAAGUGACAGGGUUCAAGAUUCUGGAGGGUCAGAGGCAUGAUCCCCUGGAAAAUUUUGAUACAAAUUUCUGAAUAAAAAAAGAUUUAGGACAUAAUCUUUGAUUAGUGUGCCAAGCCCAAAACUUAUUGAAUGCUUCUGGUCAAAUAAUGUACCAUUUUCUUUCUUUUAAAUUGCCAGUGUCUUGAAAGCGAACCUUCACCACUUGUGGAGAGGGUGCAUAUGCACCUCUCACGCCCCUUCUCUCUACAGGUGUACACUAAUAGUAUUGUAAAGGUUAUUUGGUCACAUCAGGUAUACAUUGAACAAUUUGUGCUUCUCUUUAAUCUCUCAUAGGACAUGACUUAGAAGAUGCAAGACAAUAUGGAUGGAGUUUUGAUACAACAGGUAACUACAUAAAUAGGGUAAUUUAGUAUUGUCAACUGAGUUGAUAACAUAAAUUGACCACCAUUAAGAGUUUCAAAAUUGACAUUUUGAGUGUAAGCUCUUUGUCAGAGAAAUACUCUGGUUGUGCUGAGUGGAUGGCAAUUUUGUUUGCUUUUUUUCUGUUUGUGGGUACCUUUGCAUUUAUAGUUACCAUAUAAAUCAGUCUCGGUCAUCUGAAGUAAUGAUCAUUGCACUCCCAAGAUCUCAAUAUACUUGCAGAUUUUUCACAGUCUCCUUUAAAUCCAUCCGUAAAUUUCUCAUAAUUUUUUACAUGUACAUGUAGCCCUGAGAAUGAACCAUUAUACCUCUGUACCCUCAGAUGAGUUUGCAUAUUCUCCAUACUGUUCUCUAUACAUUUCCUAAGAUGCUGACAAGGAGAAUUUGUUUAAUAAUUGUUGAUUAUUUCUUUUAUUCUUGUGACCUAAAUGUUUGAUUCAAGGGUGAUAUUGUAAGGAGAAACUAGAUGCUCAUCACUCUUUGGAGUCAAAGGGUUUAGUAUUCAAUCAAAUAAUAUCCCUUAGGUAGCAAUUUCUCUUUUAUCAUUCUUCUGGAAAAUAUUUUGAUACUGUAAGAGGAGUCCCUUUUUGGUUACUUGUGGAAGAGAAAGAGUUAGAGAUUUCCCAUAAACGUUUCUUCCGUUAUGAAUUUUUUCUUUGGCCUAAGGUUGGAACUCUCUCCACUCGUCCUUUUUUUUGUCUGUUUUAGUUGGCAUCAGAACUACAACUUAAUUUUAAACUUUUUUUUUUUUUCACUUUUUUUCAGUUAAUCACAACUGGGCUGCAAUGAGAGAAAACGUUCAGGUAUAUCGAUGAUUUACCUAUUUAACUUUGCAAGUUUUGUUGUGAUUUUGCUUCAUUAACAUUGAAUAAUGUAACUUUUGGUAACUAUUGUUUUUUUUUCUACUCAGAAUCACAUUGGGUCUCUUAACUGGGGUUACAGAGUGGAACUCCGCGAUAAAAAGGUCACAUAUAAAAAUGCCAUCGGCGAACUUAAAGAUGCUCACACUGUCAAAGUAAGGACUUGUUCUGCAGUCAUGAUACAUCAUUAUUAUAUCUUAUCCCUUGUACUAACAAUAUUUUCCGUCACUUCAAUCUCAUUUCAUGUUUCAAGUGAUCUUUAUUCCCAGUUCUUUUGUUCCAAAGGUUAGGAUAGGUUAUUAGAGACCUUGAAAUCAAGGUUACAUACAAUGUAUAACCAGGAAACUCUAUCUCUCAUAAUCAGCCUUGAAAUCAACUCUUCCCUGUGUUGAUCUAUUAAUAGAGAGGUUUUCAGGGGAAGUUUUUAGUUCUAAAGCCCAAUCAAAACAGAGCUAUGAUGACCCUAUUGUUUUACAUCAAACAUCUGCUCACAUGCAUUGGGCAGCAAGAUCAGUUUUUUGGGGUGGGCAGUUGACUCAACAAAAAUAUGUCACUUUUUGCUGGAACAAGCCGAUUUAUAAAUAAAUCUACUCUUGAAAGGGUCAACCCUAAGAAACAGAGAAGAUGGAUACUCCCAUUGAUGGGUUCCUGGUACAACUUAUUCAGGCUGUUCAUUGGAAUUUUGAUGGCCUGAAUUUUUAUUUUCGACAAACUUGGAGAACAUUAUACUUUUAUUUGCUCUCUUGCUACAAAAUUUCUAAAACAAAAACCUAUAUGAACCAUUGAAUAGCCUUUUAACCCUUAAACUCCCAAGAUAUGAUUGUUAAUUCUCCCCUCUAGUGGCUACACAUUCGCUUGUAAAUUAGUUUCAAGAAUUUGGUGUUAGAUCAAGAUGACAACUUCUGCCUGAUAAGUUUGUGUAUUCUCAUUACCUGUUUGCAGGACAAUUGAGGAAUAUUAGAUGGAGAAGUUACAUGUACAUGUUAAUUGUGACGAUAUUUCGUUUGUUUUACAUGAAGUAUUCACCGCUGACAUAAGAGUGUAACCCGGAUGAAAGCGUGUUUUUAGUUGAUUAAAAGUUGUGUUCACGUAUCGAGUGUUUUCCGCCGUUUUCGUCUAUCUGUAAUCCGUCGCCUGGCCUUCCAACAACGUUACAUUAAUCACUUCUAUUAAUUGAAAUGGUUACGACCAAGUGUAAAACAUUUAUUUUGAGUUUUAAGCAGUAUCUUUUUUUUCUUUUCAUUGUCCAGACCAUCGAUAAAAAAGGAAGAGAGGGGGAGAUGACAGCUCAACAUAUUGUUCUUGCUACUGGUCUACGUCCGAGGUACCCUGACAUCCCUGGAGCAAGAGAAUACGGCAUCACAAGGUAGUAAAGUAGUACAUGAGUGUGUCUAACGUGUUGUGAUAGUGGAAAUGAUGUCUUAGAUGAUAAUGAUGGUGGUGUUGAUUUUGAUGGCGAGAAUUACAGUAAUGGUAAUGAUAGUGAGUCAAAUAAGAGGAGGAGAAGAAAAAGGGAGAUGUUAGUUGUUAUGGAAAUAAUAAUCUGAAGCUUUUUGAUGACUCGGAGCAGGACAUGGGGGAUGUUGAUAAUUUUUUAAAGAGUGUUUUGUCAAUUGAAAUUUAUUUCAUUACAUACUUUUAUCAAAUUCCUCUACGGAAAAAAAAGCCGCUAGAAUUUGCUUCGCUUCCAACAUGUCGUAGUAGCUCAGUUCUGUAGGCUAAUUAUGUAGUCGAAUCGCGUGAACGAGGUUAGUCCUGAGAAGGACUGUUGUCGGUAACGACAGUGAUGGAUUUUUCAACAACCUCAGCAGCAGUCUUUACCAAAGUAAUGAGGUAUAAUCAACUGAGUUGAUAAUAAUCUGACUAAGGGCUAACGCUCGAAACGUCAGCUUUAAAACUCUUUACGGUGGUCAAUUUACGUUAUCAACUCAGUUGAUAAUACCCAAUUACCCUGUUAUGCUCUCGCACCGGCGCAGCAGAACAGUUUCCAUAGAAACUUACCCCCUUUAUUCUUUAGUCAUUAUGAGAGUUAAGUGAUGACUUCCGUUUGGGUUUUCGAAACGUCGGUGGCUACUACCUGCAACUGUCCCUUUAAGGAGCAACUUCACCCGGACGAUAGGACUACAUCAUCUAAUAUGCAUCUCUUUCGUUCUCUAAGUCCAAAUAAUUGAUAUCUUGCAUUGUCUGUUUAUUUUCAGUGAUGAUUUGUUCUCGUUAGAAAACAGUCCUGGCAAGACUGUAAUAAUCGGAGCAUCUUACGUUGCUCUGGAAUGUGCCGGGUUCUUAGCUGGGAUCAAGCUUGACGUAACUGUUCUGGUGCGAUCAAUUCUCUUACGAGGUUUUGACCAGGUACUGCACUUCAGAAUAACCGUGGAUCCUUAAUAAUUCGUCUCAUUGUGAGGCUUUUCCGAAUCAAUGUCAGUAUCUAAUGGAACUGCGCACCUACCCCUCCCCUAAACCAGAAUUAGCCCUAACUUAUUAUCAGUUGACUAUGGUUGGGUUAAGGGAGGAGUUCGUUGGCAGUUGCUCAGAUACUGACAGUGAUGCGGUUUUCGUAGGUGUUAAGGUUGUUAACUGCAUGGUUUGAGCUCCUUGAAGCACGCGAUUUCAUAUCCAGGGUUCUAGCCUUAUAAAACGAUAGGUUGUCUUGGUAGGAAGUUCUGAAUUGUAUCAAAUCAUGCUUUGAACAACUUAGCCUAAAGCGUCAGACUAAGCACUUAGUAUUUUGAUAUUCGAAGGUUUACGUGCAAUCCAACAUUACGAUCCAACGUGGCUUUUGGUCCGUGCUAAGGUCACAGUUAUCGAGAUUGUGCUAAUCCGCAAAAGAUUGCGCUGUAAUGGCCCAAGAGCGCGUUUUCCACAUUAAGAAGAGAUUCAAAAGCUCUCCUUGACGGAGAACUGCGAAAGGCUUCAAGCGGAUUUGGUCACCUUUUGUUAAGAUUUCAAGACGCUUUGAUAAACAACGGGAGAAGGAAUAACAACAUGGAGCAACAGGCAAAGCAACGCGAGGGGUGGAGAAAUGAAGGGAACUUAUUUUAGACGUUUCAGCACUGCAUCAUAUAUUUGUGAAAUACACGCUUAAAUUGUAUAGCAUAUAUAUUAUACCUUGCGUGUGGCGAGGCGGUCUGACUGCCGCUGCGGUGGAAUCAAACCCAAAUUUAAUGAGCAUCUUGUAAUAGAUUAUACGUGAUUUGUGUGGUUUGUGUUAAUGUGAUGCUUUUAUUUUAUUUUUGUAGCAAAUGGCUGAGUUAAUUGGUAAUGACAUGAUCAGCCAUGGAAUAAAGGUUAAAAGACCAUCAAUUCCUACAAAGGUAUGUGUAUGCAUCACUUAAGAAGAACUAGCAGCUGCUGUUGUUGUAGUUGUGGUUUUCAUUCCUAAUCCAUUAGUUAAAUGAGCAAUUCACAAGGUCAGAUUUGAUACUGCAGGAUUCCUGCCUCAGAUACAUAUGGUUGUUUGUUUGUUUGUUUUUAAUAUGUUUCUUUCUUUCCGUCCGAUUUCGAACGUAUCCGUCCGUCCGCUUGCGGACAUUCCCUCGGGAUUUCAUUUAAAGCCGCUAUUCAGCGUUCAAUCAGACUUUCAUUCCGACUAUUUCUUUGAAUUUCAUGGUAAGGUGGUGACAUCGGAGUAUUCUGCCAUUGGCAGCCAUCUAUUAAGAAUAGGUUUUUGACACUCCUGUUGGUGGAUUUUUCUCAGAUUGAACUUAUAGAAGAAGGAACACCCAGAAAACUAAGAGUUUAUUAUAAACAUUUAGACAGUGGCGAGGAGGGCUCCGUAGAGUGCAACACUGUAAGUAUUUUAUUGGUUUGGCCGUUUGAUUUUUGCUGAUGCCUUAAACGGUAGUUGUAUUACAAACCUGAGAUCUUUUCAAGUGACUAUGUUAGAACACUGUUUGAUGAGUACCGUAAAAGGAAAACCAAAGUAAUCGCAACAGCCAAUUAGAAGUAAGGAAAAUACCCUGAAGAGCCAAUGAGAACUCAAAGUAGAAACAAGUAAAGCGCAGGAAAACGCGGGCGACCAAUUCGUGAUUGGUGUUUGUUUUGCAUAAGAUUGGUUGAGGGAGUGGUGCGGGUUUUCAGGACCAGUCACAAAGAAAAUUAAAAAAAACCAGUGCAAACACGGAUUUGGAAAGUUUCGAAACUCAGUUGAAAAUUGCUCUUUAUUCACAAUGGCCAUUAGAAGGAAAAUAUAUUGCACGGAGCCAAUAAGAGCUAAAAUCAAGUGCUUGAAGCGCGGGAAAACGUGAGUGACCAAGCCACAUCAGCCAAUCAGAACAGAUGAAACUGUAACUGUCAAGGGGCCAAUGAGAACUCAAAGUGCUGAAAACAAAACAGCUGCGUGAGGGCGGGAAAACGUGAGGGACAGCUCGUGACUUGUUUUAGUGUUGCUUUUGAUUGUUUGAGAAGGUUACGUGAGUUUCUAGGCCAACCAUAGAAGGGAAACCAUUGUAAUACCAAUGAACGCGAUAUAAAUAUUUUGUUUGCUUUGACAUCAGGUGAUGUUUGCGAUUGGCAGAGACCCAUGUACACAGGGAAUUGGUCUUGAGAAUGUCGGAGUGAAACUCAACCCAAAGUAAGUGUCAGUCCGUAUCAAUGUACUGUUUGACCACAGUUGGCAGUAAUGUCGCAAUCUGAUUGGCCAAUUUGCCGUUGUCGAUAAGAGUACAGACAACGCUGCUCGCGUUAACGUGUCACGCAGUGAUUACGCACUGAAAGAAUCGUUUUAUUUGAUGUCGAAUGAGUGCUGAGCCUCUUGAGUCCACAAACAUGACCACUGUGAUGACGAAUCUUGUUGUCGAUAAUGGUACAGACCACGCUAAACCACUGUCGAUUUGCUAAUUUCUCCUCGGAUUGAGGAUUGACGGGGUUGAAACGGAGGGAGUUGUAACGAAAGUUUUAUUUCUCACUUUGAGGCAAAAUAAGAACGAAGAAAGAUAUCGUUCAUUUAUCUCUAUACACCCCCUGUUAGUAUCGAUAUUCUCCUCACUCUUCUCUAUGCUUCCCCUUUGUUAAUAACAAGGAGAAUUGAUUUAACAAUCAAAGUUUCUUUGACUGGCGACAAUUUCCCAUAUUCUUAUGUCCCCAAUAAAUAACUCAGGAUUGUUACUGUAAGGAGAAAUUAGAUGCUGUUCACUCCAAAGUUUCGAAGGGGUGCAAUGAACGCGGAAUAGAGAGCUAAUAAGUUUUAGUCUUCCGCGAAGAUUCCAACCUCAGACCUGUCGAAAGCGUAGCUUUUGCACUGAUCGCUAACCAGAGAGGCUUUGACUGUUAUCGAGUUCUGGUGCCCGACCAGAGAGCUUAAGAGAACACUUAGUGGGGAAAAGGUGGUAAGUUUCUAAAGAAAUUGUGGUGCUGCGUCGGUUGGUGAGCGUAACAGGGUAAUUUAGUAUAAUCAACUGUCUUGAUGACGUAAAUUGGCCACCGUAAAAAGUUUCAAAAGUGACGUUUCGAGCGCUAGCACUUCGUGAGAGCGAAAGCCGCUCCUACGAAGCACUCGUAGAUAACGAUUCGCUCUGACCUACAUUACCUACGAAUGCUUCACAAGAAAUGUCUCUUCUCUUUUAGGAAUGGGAAAGUAAUCGCUGGCGACAAUGAACAAACUAGUGUGCCAAAUAUUUUUGGUGUCGGAGAUAUCAUGGAUGGCAAACUAGAACUCACUCCAGUUGCGAUUCAGGCCGGUAGAUUACUUGCACGUCGGUUAUACGGAGGCCAAAAUGAAUUGGUAAGUAAAACUCGCAGCCUGGUUUAUAGUACAGUAGAAUUAAGGCUUGUGUGUCUCGAUCCCGUGUGUUGCAACGUGUUGAGAGACUGGAUUCCAAAUCUGCUCUCCUAGUUACAAGUUAGUCUUAAGGAGCCAAUAAGAACUCAAAUAAAAACCAGCCAAUUGCCUAAGGCGCAGGUAAAUGUGGGGGACCAAGGCAUGAUUUGUUUUUAGUUUUGAGUCGCAGUUGCUGAGAAAGUGGUGCGUGUUCUCUGGACCAAUCUCAGGACGAAGUGAAGCAGUGAGACUCAAUACUAAACUUUGUUUAUCUGUUUUAGUGUGAUUAUGUAAACGUCGCUACAACAGUAUUUACACCAUUGGAGUAUGGCUGCAUUGGUUUGUCUGAAGAAGACGCCGUUGCCCGCUUUGGGGAAGAGAAUGUGGAAGUGUACCAUACUAACUACCAACCUCUCGAGUACACGGUCGCCAAACGGGACAUGUCCGGCUGCUAUGCAAAGCUGGUUUGCAACAAAAGUGAUAAUGUAAGUAUUGCAUGUUAUUGGGGUCUUUACAGAGUGUUAUUACACGGCAACCCUAGCCUCGGUUAACCAAGGUAAAACGAUUGGAGAGAAGACGAUCUAAAAUUGGUUACGUCCACAGCCCUUUGGUUUGACUGGAAUACGCCUUCAAACCCUAAACCAGAAUGACAUAUGUAAUUUGUUUGAAUUCAAAAUUUCAUUUUCUCGGCUAAAAUAUCAUUUUAAUGAAUCAAACUUUGCCAGAUUGUUUUAGAUGGAAUGGUCAUUUUCAACGCCUUUAGAUUAAGUGUUGUAAAAAAUUAAAGAAAUCUCAACGUCCAGACAGAAGGAAGGAAGAUAUCUUGAAGAGCCAUUGAGAACUCAAUAAUAUAUAGAUUUAGCCAAGCCUAAAAGCGGAGCUCGCAUUUUUUUUUCCCGCACGUCUCAACGCCUUGCCCCGGCCAGGACAAGAACCCGGGUCGUCCGACUCGGAGCCCAGUGCACUGACCACUGGACUACUGGACAAAGCCGUGGCGUUAGAGUGCCUGCGGUACAGUUGACCACGCAUGUUAAAAGUAGUACCUUGUACGGUCGUACGGUCGUACAUCCAAAUUUUUUCGGCUUGAUGGGUUACUACUAUUUUAUAUAAUUAUGGGGCUACGCUCUGCGAGCUCCGCUAUGAAAUAACUAAACUGGGUAAAGCGCGGGAAAACGCGAGCGAUGAUUUUACUUUUGCAUCCGACUGGUUGAGGACGUGGCGUAAGUGUUCUGGACCAAUAACAGAGAGAAGCAAAGUCAAAGCAAUUUCUGAUUUCUUUUCGAUACUCAAUUGAAACUUGCUCAGCGGCUUCUAUGGAUUUUCUUUCUGGUAAAAAAUCUGAUGUGAUCCAUCGAAGAAAGAUACCCCAACAUUUGAACCUAGUUAUGGCUUAGCUCAGUAUAGAGUUCCCUUAAACUCAGUGGUGAGAAUCGGAGCGAGAUAUGCGAAGGUCAGAGGCUUGACUCCUCAUACAACACUCAGAAAUUAUCUUUGUCCCGGCAAAACUGCAAAAACUAUCCUUCUCAAGGCUGGUGCAAGAAUCGAGAACAAAAUCGCCGAAUAUUUGAAAUCAAAACCAAAGCCAUCAUUCAAGAAACGCCUUCGGUGUUGCAGUUUUUAGUGCACGAGGGGGUUGAUGCUGAUACAUUUUUCUUCAUUAAAAGCUUAAUAUUUUUUAUGAUGGACUAUCUCUAUUCGCCCUCUUUUCUUAGUAUUGAUCUUAUUUAAUUCCUUUCUUUUGUAUGUAAUGAUUUUGUCUUCUCCUUAUGCAUUAAUUUUUUUAGCUGAUAUGUAUAUCUUUUCUUAUAUUUGUUAUUUUAUGUUGUGUCUGUAUAUAUAAACUCUACACCGCCUCGAUUAGCUUUGCUGUUUGCAGUGUGCAGUUACCUCUCUUUCAUUAGUUAACUUUCACUAGCUAAUACACAGAAACAGAAUGUGUCCUUUCUUUCGCUGACAUUUACAAUGUUUCUUGUUUAACGGAUCCAUUAACUUUCCAUUUUGUUUUCGUGCAGGAGCGCGUCGUCGGCUUCCACGUUCUUGGUCCAAACGCUGGAGAGGUGACGCAGGGCUAUGCUGUGGCCAUUAAGUUAGGAGCCACGAAAAAAGACUUCGACAGAACCAUAGGUAUCCACCCCACAGUGUCAGAGGUGAGUGUAUCGACUGUUAGAUUGUCCUACUAUACCUUCGUAAAGCAAGAAGAUAGCUUGUGAGAAUUUGUCUUUUGGUGGAGAUAUGUUACGUUAAUCGAAGUCAGACUUGCUUUAACUGGGCUCCAGUUCCAGGAACUUGCAAGAGCGUGAGAACCGGAGGGGAGGUGGGGGGAGGUUUGGGGGAAGAGGUACUAAGCUCGGGAAUGGUUAUCUAUAAUGUAAGCAGCAAAAAACAAAAAUAAAAUCAAGAACCGGCAAAGGUAGAGUUCUUGAUUAAAGCUCGGCUUUUAACUCCAUAAUCUGUUUCCUUUGUGCUAUGUGGAAUUAUUAUAUGAGAAGGUUGAAUGUGACCAUUCCUUCGACAAGACUCUGAAAGGCAGAGAAUACGGGAAGAGAUAGGGGGUACGGGGGGGUUGGGGGCGGCGGUGGCGGCGGCGGCGAUGGUUAUUUUGGGAACGGAGUAGUAGAGAGUGUCUGUGCGUGAGUGCUAUAAAACGUUUAGUAGCGUUUUAUAAUGAAGAAAUGUAAAAUGGUUUCCGUGUUUACAUAGCCUGAUGUAAACACGCGGAAGGUUGGGAGAACACUAGAUUAUUGAGUGUUCUCCCAACCUCCCAAGUGUUUACAUCAGGCUAUGUAAACACGGAAACCAUUUUACAUUUCUUUUAUAAAAUACCUAAUGAAAGAGGAACGAAAACCGUGUUUACAUACGCUCAUGUAAAAUGGUUUUAUGGCCAAUCAGAGCGCGCGUACUAUUUGAAUUAUUUUAUAAUUUUCCGUGUAAUCUAAACAAAGUGUGUUAUGUUCGAAUAUUUUUCUGUAGGUGUUCACAACACUUGGAACAACGAAGAGCUCCGGAGCGGACGUUGCCGCUUCUGGCUGCUGAGGUUAGACCCUGCUGUCGCUUUGUCUUAGAAUAAUGAGAGCAUGCAAACGCUUCUUGUUUAUUCUGAGAGCGACAGCGGGGUUACACACCUCACCUCGGAUGACCUCGGUACAGUAGCGACGUUUCCUGUUUGCUUAUAUGACGGUGGAGUUUGUAAACUCAUUUUUGUGGGAAAACUUCACCCGAUGUUGUGCUGGAGGAAAUUCCGACACUAUUUUGCGGAUUUUUUUUCCGUUGAUGGUCAAUUGCACUGUCUAGAUAUUGACUCUACCGUGUUGGACUCAUUGGAUUGCAACGCUGUUCAGGAAGAUUGCGUGACAAACACUGUAACGAAGUGUUACAUGAUUCUAGUUGGUCACGAAACAGUUAAAACUUUGACUUCUUUUCUUUUCUUUUCGCAAUGUACAAAGUUUCACCGUUGAAUUAACAGUAUUCAAAGUAUCGCGAAAUUUUAUAUGAAAAGGGUUUCUUCUCCAUUAAUUGUUGUACAGGCGUCCAUAUGUUUCCUUUUUUUUUUUUUUUCAAUCAUUACUUAGUAGCACAAAGGUAUAUUUAUUUCCAUUUGGGAGAACAUUGCGGAAAUUUAAGACUAGAAUUUGUUGUGAUUCAAGGGAAAUUUUAAUCGAUAUGAGACCUACUAUUGAGCAAUUUUCAAUCAUGUGUCAAAAGGAACCCAUUGUUACUUUAGCAUGGGAGCAGGCUCUCAUUAAUGGCGCUGCAAGACACGUGUUUUUCCGCCACCGGGAAGAUUAAAGACGAGUUGGGGAGAGGUUUGCCGUUCUCCUGUCGGCUCGUGUCGCUCAAGACCUCAUACUUUCUCGCGAGUGCCGAAGCGCUUAUAAUGAUGGCCUGCUCGCACACUACUACUGCUGUGGCCUUACAUAUUUUUUUUUUCGCUCUGUGAUAGUUCGCUAUGUGUACGUGAAUUUCUCACUGGCGACUGUUAGUACUUCGUCUUAAUUGGCCGUUGUGACUACCGUGUUUGAGGUUUCAUAACUCUAAAUUCUGAUCUUACUUAGCUUUGUGUAGUGUACAGCUUACAAUCUGCAUGGUGGGCGCUUGGCUGAGAACCUGCAUGGAGCGAGUUUGUCACGCGUGGGAACAACACAAGCAUAAGCAUGAGAAGCAUGAGAAGCAUGCGAACCAUGCCGGCCGCCCUCGUACGCCUUACUCGCUCCCUCGCCAAGCCCUCUCUACUUAUUGUUGAUGUGAAAUUUUCACUUCUCUUGACUGUCGUAAUUCAGGUAGAUAAACAGACAAUGGACCACUGUAAAAUAAAAAUGUUUUGAUG